AUGAAGAAAGUCCUCGUAGGAUAUGGCAUUGAUCUUGAUGCUGUAGCAGGCUGGAUUGACACCAAAGAUGGCUCCCCAGCGGAUCCUGUCGAGAUUUCCCGAGGCAUAUUCGGAGCCACAAUCGGGGUCGACCGAUUGCUGAAGCUGUUCGCAAAGUACGGUAUCAAGGCCUCGUGGUAUGUUCCAGCUCACACGGCGGAGACCUUUCCAUCCCAGAUGUUGAAGAUCUUGGAUGACAAGCAUGAAAUAGGUCUCCACGGUUACAGCCAUGAGUACGUGUCCCAGCUGUCCGAGCAACAAGAACGCGACGUAUUGGCCAAGUCUAUUGCGGUACUGUCGACUCUGGGAGUCAAGGGGCGUCUUGGCUGGACAGCACCUGCCUGGACGACAUCGAUGCGGACGGUACAUCUACUGGAGGAAUUUGACAUCGCGUACGACCAUUCAUUCAUGCACCAUGAUUGUAUGCUUUACAGAACCCCCUAUUCGUCCUACGUCGCUAAGUCCACAACGUACAAAUACGAAGACUGCUUGGCUGCUGACUGGAUGACGCCCAUGGCCGUACCAGAGCUAUCCUCCCUCGUUACCGUGCCCGCGAACUGGCAUCUUGACGACUGGCCUCCGUUCGCCGCCGGCGACGGCGGCAGCGAUGGCUUCGUAGACCCUCAUGUGCUCGAGAGGAUGUGGAAGGACCACUUCGAGUAUUGCUAUGCCGAGUACGACGAGUUUGUAUUCCCCCUAAGUAUCCAUCCACAGAUCAGCGGGAAACCACAGGUCUUGCAGAUGCAUCGACGUAUCAUAGAGUGGCUCAAUCAGUUCGAAGGCGUCGAGUGGUGCACUUUUGGUGAAAUGGUGGAUCGAUUCCAAAAAGGUCAAAUCCAGGGCUUCGAUGUUCGGAAGGCGAUGGGACGGCACGCUUGA